GAGAGAGAUUAUAUGAAAAUAUCUUCAUUUGUUAUUGGAAGAUGUGAUUAAUUUCUCUUUCAAAAAAAUUUUUUUUGACCUUUCCUCUUCUUUCUCUUUCUUUACUCAACUCUACUCAUGGUGGGUUCUCUCGAUUCUUUGAGUUCUUUCUCUACUUCAUGCAUGAAGUAGUUCCUCAUCUUCCUGUGGCUAUCACUUUCACAUAAGAAACCCAAAAGUGUGGACGUUCUUUUGUCCUUCAAUUUAUAGCAUCCAUGAACAACUGGUUGGGCUUCUCUCUUUCCCCUCAAGAACUCCCAUCACAAUCUAAUCAUCAUCAAGAUCACUCUCAAAACACUUCCUCUCUUUUAGGCUUCCAGUCAGAUGAAAUCUCAGGCAGCGAUGUCUCUGGCGAGUGCUUCGAUCUCACUUCUGACUCAAGUGCUCCUUCUUUCAACCUCCCUGCCACUUUUGGUAUUUUUGAAGGUUUCAGAAACAAUCAAUCUCAAGAUUGGAAUAUGAAGGCUUUAGGCAUGAACCCAGAUGCUGCCUACAAAACAAACUCAGACCUCGCUAUGUUCAUGGGUACUUCACGCAGUAGCCAAAACCUUGAUCAGAAUCAAGAACCCAAGUUGGAAAAUUUCCUUGGCGGCUACUCCUUUGCCAAUCACGAACACAAGAUUCCUGCAGGUUGUAAUGCUAUGUACAAGUUCCAAAAAUGCUCUUUGCAACAGGCUACGCCAAAUGAUAGAAUAAGCAUUGGAGAAGAUAACAAUAGUAUCAAUACUGGUAGUAAUAGUAGUUCUAUUGGGUUGUCCAUGAUCAAGACUUGGCUAAGGAACCAGCCUGCACCGACACAACAACAAGAGCACAAGAACAAUGGCGGUGGUGCGCAAAGUUUGUCCCUUUCUGUGAGUACUGGGUCACAAUCAGGCUCGCCUUUGCCACUUCUCACAGCAAAUACUGGCGAAAGCAACAGUAAUGGUGGAGAUCAUCACAGUUCUACUUCUUCUGAUAACAAGCAGCAGCAGCAGCAAAAGACAACAAUAGGUCUCGAUAGCCAAACCGCUGCUAUUGAGGCAGUUCCCAGGAAAUCUAUUGAUACUUUUGGCCAAAGAACAUCUAUUUAUCGUGGUGUAACCAGACAUAGAUGGACAGGCAGAUAUGAGGCUCAUCUGUGGGAUAAUAGUUGCAGAAGAGAAGGACAAACUCGAAAGGGAAGACAAGUUUAUUUGGGUGGAUAUGAUAAAGAAGAAAAGGCAGCAAGAGCAUAUGAUUUAGCAGCACUGAAAUACUGGGGCACCACUACCACGACAAAUUUCCCUAUUAGCAACUAUGAAAAUGAGCUAGAAGAAAUGAAGCACAUGACCAGGCAGGAAUAUAUUGCGUCCCUUCGAAGGAAGAGCAGUGGCUUUUCUCGGGGUGCAUCCAUCUAUCGAGGUGUUACUAGACACCAUCAGCAUGGAAGAUGGCAAGCAAGGAUUGGAAGAGUUGCUGGGAACAAAGAUCUUUACUUGGGAACUUUCAGCACCCAAGAGGAAGCAGCAGAAGCUUAUGACAUUGCAGCCAUAAAAUUCCGUGGAUUGAAUGCAGUGACCAACUUCGACAUGAGCAGAUAUGAUGUAAACAGCAUCCUGGAGAGCAGCACAUUACCCAUUGGAGGAGCAGCUAAGCGGUUGAAAGAUGCAGAGCAGGCAGAAAUGACAAUAGAUUCACACACAACAGAAAAUGACAAUAUGAGUUCUCAGCUUACAGAUGGAAUCAGCAGCUAUGGCAUAGCACAACAUCCCUGGCCUACUGUUGCAUUUCAACAAUCUCAUCAUCAACCUUUUAGCAUGCACUAUCCUUAUGGGCAAAGGCUUUGGUGCAAGCAAGAACAAGACACUGAAGCCAAUAACCAUAGCUUUCAUCAUCAUCAACUUCAAUUGGGAAACACUCAUAAUUUCUUUCAGCCUUCCGUUUUGCAUAACCUGAUGAGCAUCGAUUCUUCUUCAAUGGAACAUAGCUCAGGGUCUAAUUCAGUUAUGUACAGCAGUGUAGUAGGAGAUGGUAAUAGUGGAGGCAAUGGAAGCAAUCAGGGAAUGGGUUAUGGAAGUUCCUAUGCAAUCCCAAUGGUUACAACAGUUAUAGGUAGUAAUGAUGAGGAACAAAAUCAAGGGAAUGGUUUUGGAGAAGUGAAGGUUCUUGGGUAUGAAAAUAUAUUGGGGUCAUCAGAUCCUUACCGUGGUAGAAACUUGUAUUAUUUUUCACAGCAAUCAGCAGGAGGAGGUGUGGUGAAGGGAAUAAGUGCAUUUGAUCAGGGGUCAGCAUGCAACAAUUGGGUUCCAACAGCAGUUCCUACACUUGGGCCAAGGUCAAGCAAUAUGGCCGUCUGCCAUGGUGCUUCAACUUUUACAGUGUGGAGUGACACAUAAUAAGAUAUUUGAUGAUUGAUGAUGGUGAUCAGAUAGCUAGAUGUGGGUAAAGGAAAUGGGAUUCUUGUAUACACAACUGAUUUUCCUACUUUUUAAUUUUGAUAAUGCUCUUUUCUUCCUUAUAUAUUCACUAAUGGGGACCUAAGGAAGAUGGGCUUUUCUUUUCUUUGGGUUCUUUGAUAUCUAACAUUGGCAGGAACAGAAUUUUAUGAUGAAUGGGUCUAAGUUCAGCAAUAGCAAGUAAGAGGUUAAAAAUUCGCAGUUGCUAUGAAUUUUGGGAACUUCAGAUGGAUAUAGAUCCUCGGAAUAUUAUUUUUACACCAGACUCUGUAAUUUUGCUCAAUAACAUAUAGUUGCUAUACAAAGAAUGGGAUUUUCUCCUC